AAGUUUACUUCAGCAAUGGCAAGAACCAAGCAGACCGCUCGUAAAUCCACCGGUGGCAAAGCCCCGAGGAAGCAGCUCGCUACCAAAGCCGCCCGUAAGAGCGCUCCGGCCACCGGCGGCGUCAAGAAGCCCCAUCGUUACAGGCCCGGGACCGUGGCUCUCCGAGAGAUCCGUCGUUAUCAGAAGUCCACCGAGCUGCUGAUCCGCAAACUGCCCUUCCAGCGGCUGGUCCGAGAAAUCGCUCAGGACUUCAAGACGGAUCUGCGCUUCCAGAGCUCCGCUGUCAUGGCCCUGCAGGAGGCCAGCGAGGCUUAUUUGGUCGGUCUGUUUGAGGACACCAACCUAGUUGUGUUAAACAUGUCUGGAAGAGGCAAAGGCGGUAAAGGGCUCGGAAAAGGAGGCGCCAAGCGUCACCGUAAAGUUCUGCGCGAUAACAUCCAGGGAAUCACCAAACCCGCCAUCCGUCGUCUCGCUCGCCGUGGCGGUGUCAAGCGCAUCUCCGGUCUGAUCUACGAGGAGACCCGCGGAGUGUUGAAGGUGUUUCUGGAGAACGUCAUCCGCGAUGCCGUCACCUACACCGAGCACGCCAAGAGAAAGACCGUGACCGCCAUGGAUGUUGUGUACGCGCUGAAGCGACAGGGACGCACUCUGUACGGCUUCGGAGGAUAAACUUCUGAAACCAGGAACAACUACACCAACCCAACGGCUCUUUUAAGAGCCACCCACUCUCUCACUUAAAGAGUCCAAUG